GCAGUCUAAUAAAGAUGGAGUUCCUUCUGCUCUCGGUAUGUGGAUUUCCAUUUGGUUACCUGCACAGAGUUUGAGUAAAGUCCAGUGUCUUUAAGUUUGAAGCAUGACCUAUACUUACAGCAAUGAAUGUGGGUGUGUUACGGAUGCAAUACUGAAUAUUUGUUCCAUUGUUUCCUCAUUUAAUCAGUUGGAGGAACAAACUAGCUGAAGUCACAGAGGAGACAGAGGGCUUCAUAAAUUCUGUUUCUGCAGUUUCCCAUUAUUUUAAUGAUCUAUUUAGGAUAUUCAGACACAGUCAUUCUCUGUGCUUAGAUUGAACUGAACAGAAAGAGUUAACAACCUCCAGUUGUUUUUUUUUGUUUCAUAGUUCAGGUGUGGUUCACUUUGGAAGCCUGUUUUGAUUUGUUCACACAGCUGUUGGUGCCUGCUUCCUCAAUGGCUGCUCCAGACUCCUCAAUGCUGGGAAAACAGUUCACUUGUUCGAUCUGUUUAGAUUUCUUCAAAUCUCCUGUAACAUUAACCUCUUGUGGACAUAACUUUUGUAAAGGAUGCCUCGAACACUUCUGGGAGAUGAUCCACAUCCACAGUUGCCCACAAUGCAAGGAAAUAUUUGAUUCAGACCUGCCUCCCCAGGAGAAUGCCGCUUUGAAUGGACUGGUGGAAAAAUGGAAAGAAGGGAUGAUUGAACCUCAAGAGCUUGAAGGCAAAGUUGGACAAGAGACUGAGGUUCCGGAACAAAGCUGUCAAUCUGAAGCAAGGGCUAAAUUGGAAACAAGUAAGGAAUGUGAGCAAGAGCUAACUUGUAAACCACUAGACACUGAGACUGAGCAUAAGGCAAUUGAAAAUGAACAAAGUGAUGAGAUUGUCACUGAUCCCGAUGAAGUGGCCUGCGACUCCUGCAUUGAUAAAAAGUUAAAAGCUGUAAAGUCCUGCCUGACUUGCAUGGUGUCCUACUGUGAAAGUCACCUGAGGCCUCACCUUGAAAAUGCAGCCUUUAAAAAUCAUAAACUGAUUCACCCAAUGAAAAACAUCGAACAGGGAAAAUGCUGUGUGCAUGAGCAGUAUUUAGAUUUUUUCUGUAAAAAUGAUCAGUGCUGCAUCUGUACGGAGUGCACAGUGGAGAAACAUGUAAACCACGAGGUAAUCUCUGUGGCAAGGGCGAAGACUGAAAAGGAGAAUGAACUUCGAGAAACCAAGAUCAAUGUUGACAAGAAAAUUAAGGCAGUGGAGAAUGCUAUUGAGAAACUUCAGAGCAACAUUUCCUGCAUCUUUAAUUCGGUAUCAGAAGUGAAAUCCAAUGUUGAAAAGCAGUUCAAGGACCUCACGGAGGCUGUUCAAGUUGCACAGAGAGAGGUGCUUGGUUUUUUGGACGAAAGUGAACAAAAGUCACUGAAGCAGGCCAGUGGGAUCCGAACUCACCUGGAAAACAAUAGCAUACAGCUGAAUAAGACCAAGCAACAAGUGGAAGCCUUGAUGAAGUUGAAGAAUAGGGUGCAGUUUUUACAGGAAUUUUGUGAAUGGAAGAAAAGCAAACCUGAUGAUAUGCUGCCCAGUGUGUACAUUGGCUUGAUCGACAAACUUGCUGGAAUUAGUGCUGCUGUUUCAGAAUCGACAGAAAACAUUAAACAAUUGCUACAGACUUCCUACAAAGAGAAGUUGAAUGCAUAUUCAAAAGAAGAGCAACUGGGAUUUAAGACAACAGUGGCUGUGAUUUGUGCUUUAAAAUAUGGCCGACGUGAAAAGCAACCAAGGACAAGGAAUGAUUUUCUAAAAUAUGCUGCUACUUUGGCAUUUGACCAGAAUACAGCCCACAGAUAUCUUCGCUUCAUCAAUGACAAUCUCAAGGUCUCCAACACUUCACCCUGGCUGCAACAGUAUCCUGAUCACCCUGAGAGGUUCGAACACUGGCGGCAAGUGCUGUGCACAGAGAGUUUUUACAUGGGCCGAUGUUACUGGGAAGUGGAGAUCAGAGGAGAGGGGAGCCAUGUUGGCAUGACUUACAAAAGCAUUGAUAGAAAAGGAGACAAAAGUAGUGGCUGCAUCACAGGCAAUGAUUUCUCCUGGUGUAUCCAGUGGACAGGUAAAGAAUUCUUAGUCUGGCAUGGUGGUGUGGAAAUGCCAGGGAAGGAUGAGAAGUUCAGCAGGAUAGGAGUGUACUUAGAUUAUCAAAACAACAUCCUAUCAUUUUACGGUGUUAGUGAAACUAUGACCUUGAUACACAAGUUUGAAUCUUCGUUCACAGAACCAUUAUGUCCUGCAUUUUAUCUUGCAAAAAAGGAAGCAUCAGUUUCUCUGCUUUUACUUGAUGUAGAAGCUGUGCAGAAUACAAAACCGAUGUAGAAUCAAUUUUAGGCUUGUAUUUAAUGGUGUAGUAUUCUCCCCCUCUAGGUCUACACAUUGAGUUCAAUUUCACAUCACACACCAUAAGCUCACAUUCACCUCACUUGUGAGAACAGCAGUAGUUCAAAGAGGAAAUGGUCAGUGAAGUAGAGGAUUGCAGCAGUUAAGUGAUUUAUCUGAAAAUACUAUUUCUUUAAGUACCAUCUCUCUAAAAUCGACCCCAUCUUGAUGAUAAAUAAUUGAAUUACACAAGCAACAGAAGCAGGCCAUGCAACUCCUCAAGCUUCCUCUAUAACAACUCUUAUAUUUAGGGUAUCUGUCACUCAUGUUUCCAGCUUUUCAUUUUCUCCUAUUUGCAAAGUGUCUGCUCUGUUUUGUCUCCUCAUUUGUUGUGUGAUGAAUAUUUUUCAACAACUGCUCCAGUCAGCCAGACGUUCUAAAAUGAUAACCAAUUCUUACUAUUAAGGUGUAAACUACGUUUUUUAAGAACGAGAGCGAAUAAUAAAAGGACUAAAUUCUGUUCUGUUUCCCAUUUAUUUCUUCUUCCUAUGUUUCACAUGGAUCAGGGUCCAGAAUUUUUCCUUAAUUCGCGAGUUAAAAUUCUGCUGUGUCCAGAUGGAUAAAGGCAUGGUGUAGUAGUGGUCGGUGAUAACUUUUAAAGUUGGUGAUGACACAUUAGGAUGGUUGUGGUAUACAGAAAUGUGAUUCUCUAUGCAAAUAGAUACAAGGAUCUUCCAGAAUCAGGUUUUGAGGAGACUUGAAUUUGGGCACUUAGCUCACAGCCUAUUGUGCUGUUUGUUGUAUUCUGUUCUGAUGUUAAAAGUAGACUGAGACAAGACUUCAGGAAUAAGUAAUUAAACCUCUCAAAAACCAGAGGAGUUUUGGUCAUGUGACAUUGUCCAUGCCCAUGUCAAUUAGUUUAAUUAGGCAAAUUUCUACGCCUCUUUUUAAAGCCCAUCAUUCACUCCAGGGAUUAGCUAUGGGCCGUUAGCAUCGCUGCAGGCAUAAUGCCUAGUUAUUACAAACCAAAUUAUCUUUGCUAAGAAAUGACAUGCUUUGGAAUAAUUCUAGGCAGAAUGGGCAAAUCACCAAUUCUACAACUAGUCUGAUGAUUUGAAAUUGUUUUGUUCUAAAACGAUGGAGUAAACCAUCAACAGACAUGUUUGCUCACCUGCACCUAAAGCCAACAUGUGAAUUUCUUGAGACUGAAACAAAUUACAGAUUUUGCUAAAUGACCUCUUAG